AUGAACGGGGACCUGAGUCUCUCCCAGGCUCUUGGUGGCCUUCGAAUAGCCAAUCCUGAUGAUGCGACACAUGACCGUACCCCAAUCCACGUCGACCAAACUUCUCCUGCCCCUACUGCGGUACAUGAGACGUCACGGAGAGAUCACGAAGCACCUGCCGCUGGCAACCUUGAUAAUGACCCCCACGGCUUCAAAAUGGAACAAUAUCCCCAUGGGAACGGACCACAGCCUCUCGUCUACACACAGCCGCCCAUGGGCGUACCCGAUCUGCCCACGCAUCACCCUAUGCCAACACACAGUCAGACUGUAUACGAAGGUAGCUACGGCGAGUCACCAUUGCAACAACAGUCAAAUCGACUGAUGGCACUCGCUACAGGCACCGCAAACGAGUCCAUCCCACGCAGGCAAUCAUCGAGAGGAAGACCUGAUGACUACCUGCGCAACGAACCGGGCCAAUCGGUCGCCUAUGCUGGGGCAGCUCCCGGCCAACCCAGUGCAGAAGACUGGAAAGACCGCGGUGCUGCUGUGGGCAUCAGGAGAGAAGUUGAUGCAAAUGGCAGGUCGAUAGUACGACAAGUUAAAAAGGGAGUUCGAGACUUCUCCUUCGGCCGGAUACUCGGAGAGGGUUCAUACAGCACCGUAUAUCUGGCAACCGACAGACAAACCUUGAAAGAAUACGCGAUCAAGGUUCUAGAAAAACGGCACAUCAUCAAAGAGAAGAAGAUCAAAUACGUCAAUAUCGAAAAAAACACCCUCAACAGACUCACCGAGCAUCCCGGCAUCGUCAGACUGUACUAUACGUUUCAAGACGAGGCGUCUCUUUACUACGUCCUGGAUCUUUGCAAUGGCGGAGAGCUUCUCGGCGUCCUGAAGAAAACAGGAACUUUUGAUAUCGACUGUGUGAGAUUCUACGGAGCCCAGAUCCUGGACGCUAUCGACUAUAUGCAUUCUCGAGGCGUUAUCCAUCGUGAUCUGAAACCGGAGAAUGUCCUCCUAGACAAUCAGAUGCACGUCAAGAUCACGGAUUUUGGUACUGCGAAGUUGCUGAGAGAUCCGAGGGACCUGCAAAAUGCAACAUAUAGCAACGAUACCGGUGCUGAUCAAGAUGAAGACAGAGCUGCGUCUUUUGUUGGUACUGCAGAGUAUGUGAGCCCCGAGCUCUUAACGCACAAGACCGCCUCAAAAGCAAGUGAUAUCUGGGCGUUCGGGUGUAUCAUCUUCCAAUUACUCGUUGGAAGACCGCCCUUCAAAGCUGGAAGCGAGUACCUCACCUUUCAAAAAAUCGUCAACCUCGAAUACGAAUUUCCCGCUGGUUUUCCACCAGCUGCAAGCGACCUUGUGGAACGUUGUCUGGUCCUCGAUCCUGCUAGAAGGCUAACAAUCGAGCAUAUAAAGAACCACGAGUUCUUUGAAGGGCAGCAGUUUGGGAGAGGUUUAUGGAAGACCAAAGCGCCGAGACUUCGGCCAUAUGUUCCCCCUCCACAAGAGCCAAACAUCAUCCAGUUGAAUGGCUUCCAGAACAGCAAUGCCCCCAAUGCUAGCCAACCGCGACAGCAAAUGAAUCAAAAAACAGCGCCUCGUCCGGGGCGAAUUAUCACGGAGCUUCCGCCUCCCACCCAACUCGAUAUCGAAUGGUCUCCAGUUCUCACGAAGGACAACGAACGCAUAUUAAAGCUGGCUGACUUGUUGGUCAUUUCGAGUCCACUGCAGAACGGUGCCAAUGGCAAGGGCGCAGAUGAGGGCCACAGAAAGCUCUCUCGGUUCUUCGGAGGCAGCACGACAAAGAAGCGUCAAAGACUCGUCAUGGUUACAUCGAGCGGAAGAAUUGUUCUUGCUCCUGCCGGAGGGGAAGAAAAGCGAUCCAAACAGGAGCUUUCACUCCUCGCAACAGACAGCUCAUGGCACACCCAGAAUGACGCAAAAGGUCAACUGGUUUGGUGUGUCGACGUUGGAGGAAACCGCUAUACAUUUGAAGAAAAUAAAGGCACAGCGCCAUCGGAAAGCGGUACAUCGUACGCAGAAGAAUGGAUAAGCAGCCUGGAGCGAGCGCGUGACCUUGCUAUUUCUCAGAACCUUGUAGCCCAGGGCGGCGAGAAUGGGUUUUCCGAAAUGUCCUCGACCGUGCCCAGCCCUUCUAGCACCCUCGGCGGUCGGGGCAAUGGUCCUGAUUCAUACAGCAUCAAUGAGCGACCAGCGCGCGGGCAUCUUACCAAAGGCCAAGGCGCCGCCGAGGAGCCUGCUCCGAAGAGGAAUCGCUUUAGUAAACGACAAUCACGCAGUGGCCUUGGUGCCGCUUUCUGA